GAAUUUUGACCAUUGUCUCUUUAACAAGAUAUUAUGGUAAAGCUAAGCCAGAGGAAAAGGAGGAAGAUUUUCCCAGAAGUUUCAAAAUUAAAAUAAGACGAACCGAUUGACGGUUGUUUUUAGGGUCGUUGGGCCAGAUUUAUUUACUCAUUUUUUUCUCUUUUUGGCUCGUGAAUCUCAUGUUCUUUCUGGGUUUUUUUUCCUAACUUUAUUGAUGUCUUGAAAGUUUUACCAUUAACUCAUAGAUGGAUGUAAAUUAUUAUUAUUUAAAACUUUGAAGAUCUUGUGUUCUUAACAAUGCAGGUUUGUUGUGAAACUGCAACUGGGUUUUUGUUAAUUUCUGGUGAAAGCGGAGCUUUGAUAGAGUUUGCAUGAAGCGGCGAUGAAGAGAAUAGAAGGGAAAUGGAAGUUAGAUCGGAGAAUAUUCAAGUUAGAUGCGACAAAUUGCCAGCGCCGGUGAUUCCCAGAACACGAUUACAAGUUUGGUUUUUAAGGGUAUGUUCCAGCAUAUUGCUAUGGACAUGUUUGGUACAGUUAGUGACCGUUGGAGAGCUUUGGCACCCUAAAAUUUUCCCCAAUCUAAGCAAUAGAAUACGUUGGUUUAAAAAUGUUCCCCGCCAAGUGGACCUCGUUGUUCAAUCUCCAUCGCCUCCUGUUGCUCCAAGAAACUAUACAAGUAAUGGUUUUCUCAUCGUGUCCUGCAAUGGGGGCUUGAAUCAAAUGCGUGCUGCAAUAUGUGACAUGGUGACUGUUGCACGGCUUUUGAAUCUCACUUUGGUGGUUCCAGAGCUUGAUAAGACAUCUUUCUGGGCAGACCAUAGUAACUUUGAGGACAUAUUUAAUGUAAGACAUUUCACUGAUUCUCUAAGAGAUGAAGUUCGAAUCAUCAAACGACUGCCAAAGAAGUUCAGUAGGAAGUAUGGAUAUAAACCUUUUCAGCUGCCUCCUGUUAGCUGGUCAAACGAUAAGUAUUAUUUGCAGCAGAUUCUGCCACUUUUCAGUAAACAUAAAGUGUUGCACUUCAACAAAACAGAUACACGUUUGGCAAACAAUGGCAUCCCACUUAAUCUUCAAAAACUCAGGUGCCGUGUAAAUUUUCGGGGCCUGAAAUUCACUCCCCAGAUUGAGACCUUGGGAUACAAAUUGGUUCGUAUUUUACAAGAAAGGGGAUCUUUUGUGGUUUUGCAUCUGAGAUAUGAGAUGGAUAUGUUGGCUUUCUCUGGUUGUACUCAUGGCUGCACCAUGGAAGAAGCUGAGGAGCUAAAACGUUUGAGGUAUGCAUACCCAUGGUGGAGAGAGAAAGAGAUAGUGUCAGAAGAGAGGAGAUCACAGGGUCUGUGUCCUCUGACACCUGAGGAGGCAGCAUUAGUUUUGCAAGCAUUGGGGCUUGAUAAGGAAACACAGAUCUAUAUUGCAGCUGGUGAGAUUUAUGGUGGUGAAAAGAGGUUGGCAGCGUUAAGGGCUGCAUAUCCACUGAUUGUUAAAAAGGAAACGUUGUUAGAUCCAGAAGAAUUGCAAUCUUUUCAUAAUCAUUCAUCUCAAAUGGCUGCCCUGGAUUUUAUGGUUUCCACAGCCAGCAACACAUUCAUUCCCACAUAUGAUGGGAAUAUGGCAAAAGUUGUGGAAGGUCACCGCAGGUAUCUUGGGUUCAAGAAGUCUGUCCUGCUGGAUAGGAGAAAAAUUGUAGAGUUGGUGGAUAUGCAUCAGAAUGGGACACUUUCCUGGAAUGAGUUUUCAGUUGCUAUACGGCUAGCUCAUGAGAAAAGGCUUGGACAGCCAACUCGGCGAAAAGUAAUUGCAGACAAACCCAAAGAGGAAGAUUAUUUCUAUGCAAAUCCUCAAGAAUGCCUUUGUGAGGGAGCAAAUUGUGAUGAUUUACUAGGUCUUGAUAACUCGAGCGAAGUACAGUAACAGCGCUGCAGAUUUAACUUGUCUUGAAAAGGCAUUCCUCUGAACCGGUGCAAGGCAGUGAGGACAACCAUUCCAAGAUUGGAUGGUGGGAUCAACCCAUGUUGCUUUUUCGAGGUGGGAUUUAAGGCUUUAUUGACCAUAUAGAGUUCCGUAAGAAACGGAAGAAAAGAUUGCUUGAGCAUUUCCAUGAUUGGUCCAUCAUUUUUUUCAUUUUUAAUUUCUUCUGUUCUUGUAUUUAUUGUGUCCAUUUUGUCUCCUUCCGCCCGAAGGUUUCCUGUUCAUUGUGUUCAAUGCUGUCGCAUUAAUUCAUAGUUUGAAAAUCCAGAAAGGCCAAAAGACUUGUUCCCAGACCAA